AUGAAAAAAGCGAAGUCUAGCAAUCUUAUGGACAUAUGCAAAGAUUAUAAUGAUACUUUUACCUCAUUGUAUACACUUAAAGCAUACAAUCAAGCUGAAAUUGACAAAAUUUACAAAGAUAUCAAAUUCAAAUUUAUUGAAACCAAGUUAUUUUCACCAUUUGAGAUAAUGACAAUAUUAUCUAAUGCUUUUAUAUAUAACAAUCGCGCUUUAAAGUCAUAUUGCGCAUUAUACAAACAAAUUUUCGAAGAAUACCAAUCAAAAGAAAUCAAAGUAGUGUCUAGAAUUAUGAACUACCUAAUCUAUAAAAACUUUGAGCUCAAAUCCAUUGAUAUUGACAAGGAAUGUUUCGAAGAAUAUGAAUUACAUCAUUAUUCAUUGGAAGUUCACGAGAAAAACACAAUUUUCAAGGUAAUUAUGGAUGAUGACAAAGAAUUGCUCAAUAAAUUCAUAGAAAGUGAGAUUUUUAAUGUAAAUCAGAGGCUACGUCACAUAUUAUAUCCAUAUACAGAGAAUGGCCUUUCAUUGAUUGAGUUAUGCUGUUAUCAUGGAGCAAUUAAUUGUUUUAACAUUUUAAGAACAAAAUUUGAUUCUGAAAUCACUCAGACAUGUUUGGAUUUAUCAUUUUUGGGUGGAAACCAAGAGAUAAUCAAUCAAUGCUUGAAAUGUCAAGAUCCAAAUGAACAAACAAUGAGAUAUGCAAUAAUAUCGCAUAAUCUUUAUUUUGUUACAUUUUUGGAAAGCGAAUACAAUUUAAAGAUUGAUUUAUAUAUAUGCUAUACUUAUAACAAUAUAAUGGCAUUCUUGGUUUAUUUAGAAUUAACAAAAAAGAUCGAUAUAUGCUUCUUAAAUUCCCCAAUGUUUAAGAUUCCUCAUUUUACUGAAUUUUUACUUUCUCAUGGUGCAGAUAUUAAGGCAGUUGAUGAAGAAGAAAACACUAUUCUUCAUAAUGCAGCUAAAUGCAGCAAUAUAGAAGUUGUAGAACUUAUUAUUUCGCAUGGCUUUGAUGUCAAUGCAUUGAAUAACUCCAUGAAAACACCUCUUGUAUUUGCUAUUGAAAAUCAAAAUAUCGAAAUUAUAAAACUUCUGUUAUCAUACGGUGCAAAUGUGAAUAUCAAGGACAAAUUCGGAAGAACUGCUGUUUUAUUCGCUAUGCAAACUCAAAAUGCAGAAAUAUUCUCUCUUAUAAAUUCUCAUCAAGCAAAAUAA